GCAAUAAGACCACCGCUUUGCUAUUGUCCAAGUGGAAACAGCCAAGUUUAUUAUGAGGACUAUAUGCUCUAGAGACCUGAGGCAAGGCAGCUCAUAGGAGGCAUUUUGAUAAAACUAAGCUCUCCUGUUAGAAAGAAGCCCAGUUGUAAAGCAGGCUCUGCGCUGUGCACAUCUACCUACCAAAGGCACCUUCUCUUUCUCUUUUUUCUUUCUAUUUUUGGACAGCUAGCCAGAGCAUUUUCAAUGUAUAAAAUGGAAUAUUCUUACCUCAAUUCGUCUGCCUACGAGUCGUGUAUGGCGGGCAUGGACACUUCAAGCCUUGCUUCAGCCUAUGCUGACUUCAGUUCUUGCAGCCAGGCGAGUGGAUUCCAAUAUAAUCCUAUAAGGACCACAUUCGGGGCCACCUCGGGAUGUCCAUCUCUAACUCCAGGAUCCUGCAGCCUUGGAACUCUUAGGGACCAUCAGAGCAGCCCAUACGCAGCAGUACCGUACAAAUUGUUUACGGAUCACGGCGGCUUAAACGAGAAGAGGAAGCAGAGGCGGAUACGGACCACUUUCACCAGCGCCCAGCUCAAAGAACUAGAGCGAGUGUUUGCAGAGACUCACUACCCGGACAUCUACACGCGGGAAGAGCUGGCGUUGAAGAUAGAUCUCACCGAGGCCAGAGUGCAGGUUUGGUUUCAGAACCGACGGGCCAAGUUCCGCAAACAGGAGCGGGCGGCGGCGGCAGCGGCGGCCGCGGCCAAAAACAACAACGGUUUGUCCAAGAAAUCCGACCUGCGAGCGGAGGAUGACAACAAGGACUCCAAGCCGGCCGAUCCUGACAGCACGGGUCCAGGCAGCUGCGUUGCCACUUCAGGCAACGGCGGCGGUGUGCUCGGCAACGGGGGAGGCGGUGGCCUUGGAGGAGGGGGUGGUUUAGGUGGAGGAGGGGUUGGGGACUCCGCCAAGACGGCGGCAGCGGCGGCGGCAGCGGCGGCUGCGGCAGCUGCAGGAGUAGCGGGCACCGGCUGGGCAACGGGCCCGGGUGGGGUGAGCGCAGUGCCCGACUCAAUAGGAGGUCCUUUCGCCAGCGUGCUCUCCUCGCUGCAGAGACCCAACGGAACCAAAGCCACUUUAGUAAAGAGCAGCAUGUUCUGAACUUGACCUCCCCCCACCCCACCGCAUCACUGGGAUUAAAAAUAUGUAAAAAAAAGUACAAAACGAGAAAAAAUCUUUUUGUGUGUCUUUCUACAGCCGUGUUCUGUGAGUAAACCGUAAAAGUGUUAUUCUCAGUAUUGUCUUCACUAGUUGAUCUUAAAAAUACUUUUCUCCCCCGUAGUCCACAUGAAGUGUGUUUAUGGAGAAUACAAAUUAAAGGAGACCAUCCUGGGUUGAGUUAUUUUGUUUAGGUAAAAGCAGGUUCAUAUAUUAAUAACAACAAUAACGGCAUAUAUUUUUGUUAAAUGCAUGUUGUCGUUUAUUUUUUAUUUCUCUCUCCGUCCCAUCAGAAAUUAUUGUGAACAUAAUCCUCAUAAAUUAUGUCUAGGAGUUCAAAAUUAUUUAUACGUGGUAUAAUGGAUGCUUAUAUUUAAAUAAGGGAAAUAUUUCUACGUGUGCAUAUAGUUUUCCAAAAGUGUCCCAUUAACUUGAUUGUUGAUAAUAAAAUGCAAAGCAAAGGUUGGAA